AUGCCGGUGGAAAUCAAGGAAACUACCACGACCGCGUCCAUAACGGAAGCACGGUCUUCGAAAGAGAGCAAAAAGGAGACGCUUCAAGGCAGUCAAGGAAAUGAUAUGAUAGCCGUAGAAGACCCUUCAAAAGCAUCACCAGUUCCAGUAUCGCCACCGUUUGCAGAUGGAGAAUGGGCUGCCUGGAGCACUAUGGAUGCAGGAUGGUGCUAUAUGUUCGCUAGUUUGGGUUGGAUCAACUCAAUCAGUGUCUUUCAAACCAUCUAUAGAAAGGAUCAGCCGAAGGAUUAUUCAUCUGAUACAACAGGAUGGAUCGUAUCACAGCAAACCUUUGCCGUAUCAUGUUUGGCGGCGCGCCGCUCCUUUGAGAAGAUCUUUGACAGUUAUGGACCUCGUUUCAUCCUACUUGGCGGCACGUUCUCUUACGUUUUCGGUCUUAUGACUCGCCUCCGAAUACUAUCAGCUCCUUCUCGCACAGUCAAUAUGUAG